AUGGAUGGUCUGGCAUUCCAAGGCUGUCAAUGGAUCGUUCAGGGCCACACCAAGGGUCGAGGCAGGGUCCCGGUGUCCCGGUCCGAAAGUACCACGCAUCUCUCCCGCUGUGGCUCUGAUACCUAUCGCUCACCUUCACCUGCGCCCCUCGACGCCUCACGUCCACACGCCCCCUUGGGUAGUACUCACCCGCCCUCUGCCAACAUGCGUUCCCUUUUCUAUUCACUCUUGUCGCUGGCGACGAUUGCCUCUACUCUCGCAGUGGAGACAUCAACUGGCGCCACUCCCUCCAAAGCUGCUGCGAGCGAUGACUGGGAGGAGAAGGCGCCGGACACCAUCUUCAACGGCCAGACAGUCCCACCCAUGAUAGAGUUGACCAAAGACACUCUUGACAAGGAGAUUGCCAAGGGCCACUGGCUGGUCGAGUUCUAUUCGCCUUACUGUGGACACUGCAAACAGUUCAAGCCUAUCUACCAAACCGCCUACGAAUUCUACUACACUUCCAAACCCAUCUUAUCCCAGGACGACAGCGACGCCGAUAGCCUCAACUCCUUCACCAGAUAUUAUGACUUCAAAUUCGCAAAGGUGGACUGCGUGGCUUUCGCUGACUUGUGCAAUGCGCAUAAUAUUGGCAGCUAUCCGACCCUGAUCUAUUACGUGGAUGGCAAGGAAGUGCAGAUAGAGAAGGGAUCUAGGGAUAUAAAGGCUCUCAGCACCUGGAUUGAAUCGCUUCUGAAGACCAUUCGCCCCGGUUCGCGCAAGGAAGGUGGGCCCAAACUGCCAGCGCCUGGCGCAAAUUCCGUCAAGACUGGGCUGGAUACCGAGGAAGCCUCCAAGGGAGAGAAGAAGGACAACAGGAAAGAGGCUGUGAAGCAGUCAGCCAGCAAGCCAGCAGGAGCCACUACCCCUACACAGUCUGCCAAGGCGAAGCCAGCAAAAGCGAAGCCAACAUCGAAUGCGAACCCUUCAGGUGUUGUCGAGGCUCUGACAGCAGAAAAAUUCCAAAAGGUCGUUGUGAACACGCUCGAUCCGUGGUUUAUCAAGUUUUACGCCCCGUGGUGUCAUCACUGUCAAGCGCUCGCGCCUGUUUGGGUAAAUCUGGCACGUCAAAUGCGUGGCAAGCUCAAUAUCGGAGAAGUCAAUUGCGAUAUCGAGAAGAAGCUCUGCAAGGAGGCUGGCGUUAAAGGCUAUCCAACCAUGCAAUUCUACCGUGGUGGCGAGCGCAUCGAGUAUCAGGGCAUGCGGGGGCUUGGCGAUUUGAUGGAUUACGCCGAGAAGGCCAUGGUCGUUGGGGAAGGUGUACCCGAUGUGAAUGCAGAAGAAUUCGAGAAGCUGGAAAAAACUGAGGAGGUCAUCUUCGUCUAUUUCUAUGACGUAGCAACUACCUCUGAAGAUUUUCAGGCUCUCGAGCGUCUCCCUCUCAGCCUGGUGGGCCGCGCAAGGUUGGUCAAGACCAACGACAAGGCCCUGUGCGAUCGCUUCAAGAUCUCUACUUGGCCCCGCUUGAUGGUAUCUCGUGAUGGCAAACCAUCUUACUACCCACCAAUGACCCCCAAGGAAAUGCGCGACACCAGACAGACUCUUAACUGGAUGAAGACUGUUUGGCUUCCCCUUGUUCCAGAGCUCACCUCUUCAAAUGCAAAGGACAUUAUGGAAGGCAAAUUUGUCGUCUUGGGAAUACUGAGCAGAGAUCGCUCUGAUGAGUUUAUUUUAUCCAAGCGUGAGAUGAAGAGCGCAGCAUUGGAGUGGAUUGACAAACAGGAAACUGCCUACCAACUCGAGCGCCAGGAACUGCGCGAUGCUAAGCAAUUACGCAUCGAGGAGGCGGAAGACAAAGACGAUCACCGUGCUCUGGCAAAUGCCAAGUCUAUCCGCAUUAACAUGGAUGAGAUUGAACGUGCACAAGUCACCUUUGCCUGGGUAGACGGUGUCUUCUGGGAGCGCUGGAUCAGACAAACGUAUGGCAUUGAUGUCAAGGAGGGUGAACGGGUCAUUAUCAACGAUGAAGCAAACCACCGCUACUGGGAUACCACCAUCUCUGGCGAACCCAUCCGCCCCAGCCGUACCUCUAUUAUGGAGACUCUCGGCAAGGUGACAGUCAACCCACCGAAGAUUACUCCCAAGUCGACCACCGGCCGUUUCAUGGGCGCUAUCCUCACAACACGUCACUUCUGUGGUCAUCACCCCUUCAUCGCUCUUGGCAUGUUUGUCGGCUUCUUUACCGCCGCUGUGCUCUUUGGCAAGUCGAGACGGAGAAGGUCCUUUGGGAACACCGGGGCCUACUUCCAACUGAACGAGAAAGAUGGGUUACUUGGUGGCAACGGAAACCAUGGAGGCGCCAAGCACGACUAA